GUGUUUCGGUAGUGAAGAUGAUCAUAAGUGUAUUUUGUGAAACGGUCAAGUGCAUCAUUUACAAAUCAUAUUUCUGUUAUACCACCAGAUACCUGUCUUCAUCGUCGCGGCGAUAACGGUGUCCGCACGUAGUGGAAUUUCCCCCCAGUAUAGAAUCCCAAUUCAAACCCACAGUCACUCUCAGUCUGUUCCACAUGUACCUAUGCAAUAUCGCUACAACUAUGCAGUCCCGGUGAAUUACGACUUCAAUUAUGUCAUAAGAGAUGACUUUGCUGGCAGCAACUUCGGUCACAAGGAAAGCAGGGAUGAACACACAACCCUUGGUUCUUACCAUGUUAAUCUCCCUGACGGUCGAGUACAAACUGUCACCUAUUACGUCAUUGGGGACUCUGGAUUCCAGGCUGAGGUCAGCUAUAAGGGGAAGGCUAUUCAUCCAUCUCAGCACCCCACCUCUUUCUUCCGGCAGGACACUUUUAGGAAUCAUCAGUUCUUUGCCCAACCACGCUAUGCCGCCCACUCUGGACAUACAGUUUCUUCUGCUCAUAGAACUAAAUCAAGCCAAGUAAAUCAAUCAGGCAGUCAGUAUGACGGCAAUACCAAAUUUCGACCCAUCUCCAUACCUGGACAAAACAAUCAGUCUGGUCUAAACACGAAGCCUAGACCUGUUCCUAUUCCAGGAUUAAGCAGGCAAUCCACACAUGGCACAAACUCUGGAUUCUCUCCCACAUCUGGGUUAGGGAGUCAGUCUGGCCAUAGCACUAAACCCGCACACACAACCAUUUCUCGACAAGGUAGCAAGUCUAGUCACAGUGCCAAGUCUGAUUUUACUUCUGGCUUUGUCUCUCUUUCUAAACAAGACGGUAAUCUAAGUCACACCACAAAGUCUGGACUAAGCAGCCAUACAGGCCUAACUUCCAUCGUUGGAAGCCAAUCUGCUCAGGAAAAUAAUUUUGGAAUCAUUUCCACUUCUGAACAAGCUAUCCUGUCUGGUAGCCAAUCCAAACAUAAUGCUACUCCAAGACCUAUCUCCAUUUCUGGACUAGGUAGCCACCAAAGCACUAAGUCAGAACUUGCAUUAAUUUCUGAACAAGGCAGCCAAUCUGGUCACGAGACCAAGUCUGGACUUACCUCUAUUGCAGGACUUGGAACUACAUCUGGAGUCUCCAUUCCUGGAUUAGGCACCCAGCUGGGCCUUACUAGAACAUCUGGAUUCACUUCAACUUCUAGACAAGGCAGCCAGUCUGGCCAUAGCACCAAAUCUGGACACAUCUCUGUUUCUGGACAAGGAAACCGGCCUGGCCAUAACACCAACUCUGGACAUAUCUCAAUCAUUGGACAAGGCAGCCAAUCUGGCCAUAACACCAAAUCUGGACUCAUCUCCAUUUCUGGACAAGGCAACCAGUCUGGCCUUAGCACCAAAUCUGGACACAUUUCCAUUUCUGGACAAGGCAGUCAGUCUGGCCAUGGCACCAAGACUGGACUCACCUCUAUUUCAGGACUAGGAGCUACGUCUGGAAUCUUCAUUCCUGGAUUAGGCACCCAACCUGGCCUUACUACCACAUCUAGAUUCGCCUCAACAUCUAGACAAAGCAGCCAGUCUGGCCAUGGCACCAAAUCUGGACUCACCUCCAUUUCAGGACUUGGAACUACAUCUGGAACCUCCAUUCCUGGAUUUGGCACCCAGCCUGGCCUUACUACCACAUCUGGAUUCGCUUCAACAUCUAAACAAGGAAGCCAGUCUGUCCAUGGCACUGCAUCUAGACGCACUUCCAUAUCUGGACAAAACACCAGAUCUGGGCUAGGCACUACCACGAUUGGAGUCUCCGCACAUGAAUUAGGCAGCCAUGGCACCAUAUCUGGACUCACCUCCCUUACAGGACUAGGAUCUACAUCUGGAGUUUCCAUUCCUGGAUUAGGCACCCAGCAUGGAUUCGCCUCAACAUCUAAACAAGCAAGCCAGUCUGUCCAUGGCACUACAUCUAGACACACUUCCAUAUCUGGACAAAGCACCAGAUCUGGACACAUUUCCAUUUCUGGACAAGGCAGUCAGUCUGGCCAGGGCACCAUAUCUGGGCUCACCUCCCUUCCAGGACCAGGAACUAAAUCUGAAGUCGCCAUUCCUGGAUUAGGCACCCAGCGUGGCCUUACUACAACAUCAGGAUUCACCUCAACAUCUAGACAAGGCAGCCCAUCUGGCCAUGCCACCAAAUCUGGACUCACCUCCAUUUCAGGACUUGGAACUACAUCUGGAAUAUCCAUUCCUGGAUUAGGCACCCAGCCUGGCCUUACUACCACACCUGGAUUCGCCUCAACAUCUAAACAAGGCAGCCAGUCUGUCCAUGGCACUACAUCUAGACACACUUCCAUAUCUGGACAAAGCACCAGAUCUGAACUAGGCACUACCCCGACUGGAGUCUUCACACCUGACUUAGGCAGCCAGUCUGGCCAUAGCACCAAAUCUGGACACAUCUCCAUUUCAGAACAAGGUAGCCAGUCUGGCCAUAGCACCAAAUCUGGACACAUCUCAAUUUCUGGACAAGGCAGUCAGUCUGGCCAUAGCAUCAAAUCUGGACAUGUUUCCAUUUCUGGACAAGGCAGUCAUUCUGGCCAUAGCACCAAAUCUGGACAUGUUUCCAUUUCUGGACAAGGCAGUCAGUCUGGCCAUAGCACCAAAUCUGAACACAUUUCUGAGGCAGGUAACCAGUCUGGCCAUCACAUUAAUUCUGGAGUCGCCUCCAAUUCAGAACAAGGCACUACCACAUCUGGAGUCUCCAUUCCUGGAUUAGGCACCCAGUCUGGCCUAACUACCACAUCUAGACUAACCUCAACCUCUAGACAAGGCAGUCAGUCUGGCCAUAGCACCAAAUCUGAACACAUUUCUGAGGCAGGUAACCAGUCUGGCCAUCACAUUAAUUCUGGAGUCGCCUCCAAUUCAGAACAAGGCACUACCACAUCUGGAGUCUCCAUUCCUGGAUUAGGCACCCAGUCUGGCCUAACUACCACAUCUAGACUAACCUCAACCUCUAGACAAGGCAGCCAGUCUGGUCAUAGCAGCAAAUCUAGCCAUAUCUCCAUUUCUGGACAAGGAAGCCAGUCUGGCCAUAGCACCAGUUCUAGACUUACCACCAUUUCUGAACAAGGCAGUAAUGCUGGCCAUAACAUCAAACCUGUAUUUAUUUCCAUUUCAGGACAAGGCAGCCAGUCUGGCCAUAGCACUAAAUCUGGACACAUUUCCAUUUCUGGACAAGGCAGCCAGUCUGGCCAUAGCACCAAAUCUGGACACACCUCCAUUUCAGGACUAGAAACUACGUCUGGAGUCGCCAUUCCUGGCAUCACUACCACAUCUGGAUUCGCCUCAACAUCUAGACAAGGCAGCCAAUCUCGACACACCACAUCUGGACAAGGCAGCAGAUCUGGACUAGGCACUACUACAGGAGUCUCCAGACCUGAAUUAGGCAGCCAGUCUGGCCAUAGCACCAAAUCUGGACACAUCUUAAUUUCUGGACAAGGCAGUGGGUCUGGCCAUAACACCAAAUCAGGACACAUCAUUUCUGGACCAGGCAGAGAGUCUGGCAUUAAGUCUGGACACAUCUCCAUUUCUGGACAAGGCAGUCAGUCUGCCUAUGGCACCAAAUCUAGACACAUCAUUUCUGGAGUAGGCAGCCAAUCUGGCCAUAGCAUUACGUCUGGACUCCUCUCCAAUUCAGGACAAGGCACUGCCACAUCUGGAGUCUCUAUUCCUGUAUUAGGUAACCAACCUGGCCUUACUACCACAUCUGCACUCACUUCAACGACUAGAAAAGCCAGCCAGUCUGGCCUUAGCACCAAUUCUAGGCUUACCACCAUUUCUGAACAAGACAGUAAUGCUGGCCAUAACAUCAAACCUAAAUUUGUCUCCAUUUCUGGACAAGACAGCCAGUCUAGCCAUAGCAUCAAAUCUGGACACAUCCCAAUUUCUGGACAAGGCAGCCAGUCUGGUCAUAGCACGAAAUCUGGCCACAUCUCCAUUUCUGGACAAGGCAGCCAGUCUGGUCAUAGCACGAAAUCUGGCCACAUCUCCAUUUCUGGACAAGGCAGCCAGUCUGGUCAUAGCACCAAAUCUGGACACAUCUCUAUUUCUGGACAAGGCAGCCAGUCUGGCUCAAACAAGUCUGGACUUACCUCCACUUUAGAAGAAGGCAGUAAUGCUGGUCAUAACAUCAAGCCAGUAUUCUUCUCCAUUUCUGGACAAGGCAGCCAUAGCCAUAGCACCAAGUCUGGACACAUCUCCAUUUCUGGACAAGGUAGCCAUUCUGACCAUAACAUUAAGUCUGGACUUACCUCCAUUUUAGAUCAAGGCAGUACUGGGGAUCGUAACACCAAGCCUGUGUUUAUCUCCAUUUCAGGACAAGGCAGCCAGUCUGGCCCUAACACCAAGUCUGGACUCACCUCCAUUUCAGGACAAGGCAGCCAAUCAGGCCAGAGCAUCAAGUCUGGACUUGCCUCCAUUUCAGGACAAGGUAGUAAUGCUGGCCAUAACACCAAGCCAAUAUUCAUUUCCAUUUCUGGACAAGGCAGCCAAUCAGGCCAGAGCAUCAAGUCUGGACUCGCCUCCAUUUCAGGACAAGGUAGUAAUGCUGGCCAUAACACCAAGCCAAUAUUCAUUUCCAUUUCUGGACAAGGCAGCCAAUCAGGCCAGAGCAUCAAGUCUGGACUCGCCUCCAUUUCAGGACAAGGCCGUAAUUCUGGUCAUAACACCAAGCCUGUAUUUAUCUCCAUUUCUGGACAAGGAAGCCAAUCUGACCAUAGCAUCAAGUCUGGACUCACUUCAAUUUCUGGACAAGGCAGUAAGUCUGGCCAAAGCAUUAAGUCAGAACUUAUCUCCAUUUUAGGACAUGGCAGCCAGUCUGGCCAUAACACCAAGCCUGUAUUAUUAUCCAUUUCUGGACAAGGCAGCCAAUCUGACCAUAGCACUAAGUCUGGACUCACCUCAAUUUCUGGGCAAACCAAACUUGGGAACACUAACUCUGUUGCCUUUUCCGGAUUAGGCAGUCAAUCUUUUUCUGAACAAGGCAGCCGUUCUGGCCAAAGCAGCAAGUCUAAGCUAAUCUCCAUUUCUGGACAAGGCAGCCAGUCUGGUCAGGGAACAAAGGUUGGAUUUAUCUCCACUUCAGGAGUUGGUAACACCAAGUCUGGAGUUUCUAUUCCUGGAUUAGGCAGCCAGUCUGACCACAGUAGUAAGCCAGGUUCCAUAUCCAUUUCUGGACCAGACAGCCUUUUCACAAAGUCUGGACUCGACAGGCAGCCUAGUCAUGGUUCCAAAAUCAGAUUUAUUUCCAUUCCUGAAUUAGGCAGCCAGUCUAAACUCACCAGUGAGUCUGACCAAGCUGAUGAGUCCAGUCCUAUCACAAAAUCUGGUAUCUUUGCCAUCUCUGGUCUCAAUAGUAAGCUUGGAUCAAAGUCCAAGACUGUGUCCAUUUCUGAUCUUCUUAGUCAAUCUGGCCUUACAACCAAGCCUAAAUUCAUUUCUCUCACUGACCUUCUUAGCCAGGCUGGCCGUAAUUCCAAAUCUGGCCAUCUUUCUGGUCUUGUCACCCAAUCCAGUAGUGAUACCAAACCCGGACAUAGCACACAAUCCAACUCUGCUAAACAGUCCUCACAGACAGAGUCUAGCCAUGUUAACCAGCCUGUUCAUUCUACAACACUUUCUAAUUUCCAGAGUAGCCAGAAGACAAAUUCUAAGCAGAAUGUUCAUGGCAUUGUCAUCAAACCAGGUAGUUUCACUCAGAAGAACUCCGAACCAACUGAUGUGAAGCAAGUUAUAUCCUCAGAUUCGGACAACCCUCCCCUACUUAUUAUCCAACCUGCUAGAAGUCAAACCCGUGGCCAAACCAUACAGACUAUAUCAGCCUCUCAUGUCACAGUCCAAAGUGAUGACCCUUCAUACAAUGUAAAGCCAAUCAUUCACACCAUUCCACGCCGCACCCCAUCCUCCAUUAUAAAACUCACGCCAAAAAUUGUUAGUGACUCCUCCUCCUCCUCCUUCUAG